GGAGACUGGCUGAGGGCAGACUAAGGACUCAGUGACCAAGUCAUUGUGAUGUCAGAUACCACUGACAGGACAGGACAGGAAACUAGAACAAUAUACUGCACUGCCCUUAAACUAGAAAGCUAUUAAAGAUGGAAAUGCAUACAGGUAUGACCUAUUACAAUGAUGUACAAGAUGGAACAGCCUUAGUAACAAAAACCUUGGAAUCUACGAAUCACCUGACUCCACUGCAUAUCCCCCCAGGCCCACCUAUAUCACCAGAAAGAUAUGAAGAGCUAAGGGAAAUAUUCCAGCUGCGCAAGCCCAUCUUGAAAGGAGAACAGGAAUCUGAACCCCUGUUGCCAGAAUCCCACAGAAUCUACGAGCCACCUUACAAGUUUGAUCAGGAACACCAGUACUAUGGCAGUAACAAAGACCCCCCGCUAAGAUAUGAGAAGUAUGUAAGGCACAAGUCGCCAGCCAAUCCAGAGACUCUUCUUGUGGCCGGCCGUCACCGGCCACUUCAUCCUUACGUCCACAAUAAUAUCAACAUCACAGGUGGCCCCGAAAGAGACGAAAGAGCCGGCGAACCUUUAGACAGACGGCUUGGAUACUUUCCUAAUGGCGAUGAAAAUGGUCAGGAAGGUGACCCAAAUGCUUCCCCAAAAGGGGGCCGCAAGAAGACUUCCAAACCCCCGGAGCUUGACAUUUCAUACAGAGCUGCCAACAUGCUGGAAAAUGUCAAAAAGGCCCUCUGGUUGUCGACUUACAAGCGUGACUACACAGGUAAAGGUUCUAUGAACCCCUUGCUGUUGGACGACCAUGAUGCCAAGAUGAUUGGCAGAGCAACUGGAGAACUGGGCAUGGACGUUGAACUCAGAGAAUCAUUUCCGUCAGCUGAGACUCAAGUAAGACCCUUAGAAGGACGUAUUGCUCGUGCACUUCAAGGCAGACCAAUUCGCCCCUAUGACCCUCAGCAGCAGGAUCCUGGCUUUAUUUGUGAGCACCCACCUCAAUGGACAGGCGAUUCACUCAUACGCAAAUGUUUAGACGCGGUGCAGAGCAGCAGUAGGCAAAUGCCUCUGGAAACUGACAGUGGAGCAAAAAAGAGAAUUGAGGACUUCCAACAAAAUCAGAUUGAUCGUCCAGUAGGUAACCCGAGAGAAAGCAUGAAACAUACGAAACUUCCGUGGAGCAGGUUUCGGAAAAUUACAGAUACUUGGAAGACGGAGAAGUUAUAUCAAAGGCAGCUCGCCGUUCCCCCUGAACCAGAGAUUGUUGUGAAGCCCGCCGAUUCCAUUUGCUACGAAGAUCUGCCCCCCUCCCGCUUAAGCAACUACAUCGUGUGGCACCACCCUGUCAGCCUCUCUAAACCAGGCCCAAUGGAGGCGAGCUCUGAAACAUGUGACAACAUACCGGGUGUUCAAUGUGUUCCUAAUGUGUUCACAGGGAUCGAACGCAGGUCCGGUUUCCCAGAAUGGAUUCCUAACAGCGGGAUACCUCGGCCUCAAACAAAACUGAACGAUAUGCAGUAUUGUUUUAGGAAGGGUGAAGCCAUCAAGCGCCUGAGUGAUCUAACUAGAGGAGGAAUGAGGGACCUGAGGGAUCAUGACAGGAAAGGCAGAAAGCACAAAUUCUACGGCGUGAAUGCCUAUCACUAUAACUGACACACG